AGAAGUGGCUGUUAAGUAAUGAAAGCAAAGAAACAGAGGAUGCUGUGUUUGAGUUUCAUUAAUUGAGAUAACAGACAACAUAAGUGUGAUGAAGAUGGCAGCAAGUGGUUCAGAGUCUCCAAAGUCAGACGAAAGUGUAUCUUUUGAAGAGAUGUUCGUAACAUUCGCCAAAUUCGGAGACAGCAAAAAUGCGGGAGACGCAAUUACCCUUUCAAACAGUGACAAAUGGUUUAAGCAGGCUAAAGUAAUCGAUGGGAAAAAAAUCACCACAACUGAUACUGGCAUCUAUUUCAAACAAGUUGCAAAAGUUAAGAAAACAUUGAACCUGAAUGAAUACAACCAAUUCUUGGAAAAUAUCGCCAGAAACAAGAAAAUGGACGUGGCAGACAUAAAAAAGAAACUUUCUAGUUGUGGAUCACCUGGAACGUCAUUAAAAUCCACU